AUGGCUCCCGCCUCCGCCACUCAGAAACCCAACAAUGUCAAGGACAAGAAGCACACCUCGCGAGCUUCGAGCGUCUCCAAGACUGAGCCCGAGAGUCCUACAGAGUGUGGCUCUGAGCCCGCUUACUUGAAGGAACUACAGAAGAGCCACCGCAACGCCGUGAAGAAGUUGAACGCUACCGCCAAAGUCGAUGCCAUCCUCGCUGAGAACCCAGGCAAAUCACUUGACGAGCUUGUAGAGGACAAGAAGAUUAAUGCAGACCAGAAAGCCCAAGCACUGAAGAAGCCCGCACUCCAAGCUGCUGUCGCACAGAUCGAAGAGCAGAUCAGUCACUACAAGGAAGUUGCUGCUCAAUACGAGGCCAAGCUGGUUAGCCAGAAGGCAGCUCUUGACAAGGCCCACCAGGAGGAGCUGGAGGCUGUGCGCGCAGAUGCUAUUGCUGAAGCGACUGAGACUUCUUCACGUGUUUUGCGCGAGCAGCUACUGGAUGUGAGCAAGUUCUUGUGCGCCGCGGCUAACUUGCGACGUGCUGGCGAUGAGUCUGCCGAGGGUCGAGCUUUCGAGGCUGUUCUCUACCAGGUGUACGGUGGUAGUCGCGAUGCGGUGACCUCAAUGGUUAAGCUUAUUGAAGGAUCGGACGAGAAGCUGCAGGAUAUCGAGGGCGAGGCUCUGGACCUCACUUACGGAGACGUGAAGCAGGCCUGCAACCGAUUCGCCCCUACUGAAGAAACCGAAGCUACCACCGAAGCCACCCCUGCCUCCGACCCUACUAUCGCCAACGCCGGACUGACCGAGCUGGAGGAGACCUCAAUCAGCGCCGAGGUUGCUGCUCAAGUCGAGACCACUCCCCAGGUUGACCAGGUUGCUCCCCCUGCUCAGACCUCUACCGGCAAUGGAGGCAACCCUGUUGCCGAUUCCAUGACUUCUUCUGCUACCACCGAGGGCUGGGUUGAGGUUCCUCGUGACCCCGCCGAGACCGAGACUGGUCUCCAAGCUAUCCCCGCCAACACCGAAAGCAACGCUGCUGCUGAAGAGACAACCCCCAAGGGCAACAAUGGUCGUGGCCGUGGCCGUAACAACGGACGUGGUCGUGGUGAGGGUCGUGGACGCGGUGGCCGUGGUGAAUUCCGUGGCCGUGGCGAUGGUCGUGGUCGUGGUGGUGGCCGUGGACGUGGCGGCAAGCGUGGUGGAGCGAAUGGCACUACAGCUGUUCCUGCUCCUGGUCCUUCAGGGGACAAGCAAUAA